AUGCAGAGGGGUAGGCUUCUCUGCCAUCCCUGUGGGAGAGAGGGAGAGGUCGCUUCGCUUCAGAGAUGGGUGGGCGGAUGGGAGCACGCAGAGAGGCAGGAGGACUCACGCCGUCUGCCGGGCGUACAGGUGAGGGCUGGGUUGGGUUCACAGACGGACGUGCCACAACAAUCCCUGUGGGAGCGAGUGACGGGUCGAUUUGGAGACGGAUGGGCAGAUGAGAGCACGCAGAGAGGGAAGAGGAGGACUCACGCCAUCUGCCGGGCGUACAGCUCUUCCCUCCUCCCUCCCAUCGGCAUUGCCUUCACGACAACAACCUCCCUCCCAGGGCAAUAUGACCCUGGUAGUGCUCUCUCUUCCUCACUCCCCUCCCUUCUCUCCCUUCCCUCCCUCCCCUCCCUUUACCCCAACACAGCUCUUCCCUCCUCCCUCCCAUCGGCAUUGCCUUCACCACAACAACCUCCCUCCCAGGGCAAUAUGACCCUGUGGCAUUGCAUUCACUACAACAACCCCCUCCCAGGGCAAUAUGACCCUGGUAGUGCAGCGAGGGGUGGUGCUGGGGGAAAUGGCGCAAGAGAGGGAGAGCGGUUAUCACCCGAAACCCACACAGCCCGGCAGAGUGGCAUAGCCUUCACUACAACAACCCCCUCCCAGGGCAAUAUGACCCUGGUAGUGCAGCGAGGGGUGGUGCUGGAGGGAGGUGGUGGGAACAGACAGGCAGAGCUAGAAGGGCGGUUGAAGGAGGCAGCAGCAGCGGUGGAGGAGGAGGGGGCUGUACCCUUUACAGUGGCACCCAGGGUUGUUAGAGGGCUCAAGGUGCUUCCUGUGGAGUGGCAGGCAGAGCUAGAAGGGAGGUUGAAGGAGGCAGCAGCAGCGGUGGAGGAGGGAGGGGCUGUACCCUUUACAGUGGCACCCAGGGUUGUCAGAGGGCUCAAGGUGUUUCCUGUGGAGUGGUGGUGUUGUUGA